AUGGCAAGGGGGGCUCUCUGUGCCCUGGGGCUGGUGCUGGCCCUGCACUGCGGGCCUGGGCGGGCUGGGGAGUAUUGCCACGGCUGGGCUGGCGGCCCGCAGCGCUGGCACCGCGGCUUCCAGUGCCCCGAGCGCUACGAUGGCCCUGAGGCCACCCUGUGCUGCGGGACCUGCAGCUUGCGCUACUGCUGCUCGUCCAGAGAAGCCCGCCUGGACCAGGGCCGCUGCCCCAGUGACCACCAGCAGCGUGGAGGGUUGGCUAAUGUCACUCUUCCUUUUUCAGUGCCCGUGUACCUGCCGUUCCUUCUCGUUGGGUCUGUAUUUGUGGCAUUUGUUGUUGGCGGUGCCUGUGUUGGAAUUUGCUGCUGCAAAUGCUUAAAAUCCCAGGAUGAGGGGCAGCAAAGUGGGCUUGCACCUGGCCAAACUUGGCUACUAGAACCUGAUCUUCCUUCUCGCCUCUCCAGUUCCAGUUCUGCCACCAGAAGCUUGGUGAGCAGCGGUCCUCAGACCAGCAACAUCUGCAUGACUCUAGCCCCAUCCCUUCCUAUUAUGGGGUUGGGGGAAGAUGCUCGGUUCUUAAAUCCUCCCCCUGCCAGUGGACAACUCCUGCACCCUUCAGGCUCUAACCACAGAAUACCAACUGAUCGUACCGCAAUAAUGGCUCCAGCACCUUUCCUUAAAAGAACAACUUACGGACACAGGGCUCACGCAGCCCCUCUCGGGGUGACACGAGGUGACCACACGAUGUGCUCAGGAGUUCACGUCUGA